AAAAAAAUUUCACACUAUCAUCUUCAUCAGCUGUCGUCCUAUCUAAGGGUAGUAACUGGCCAGGUUGGUUUCUUCUCGGUCAAAAAAUAUCAGUUUUUCUGUGGUUGCAGAGACUAAGAACACUAGAAACGGCUUCUGCGUUUGUAACCAGAAACUCUCCCAACACUAAGAGGCAACUGGGCAUGAAUCGAUGAGCUGAAUGAGCGGUUUUACGUUAUAAAUUCCUGAAUUGACUCCUCUAUUUUGUCCUCCCUCGUUCGUUUAUUCUUUGAAUGAUCUCCAUCGUUUCUCUCCCUUCUUUCGCAUUAAAUUCUUUGGGUUUUCCUGGAUUUCCUUAUUUUGGAUUCAGAGAGAGAACAGCAUAGAUGGAAAGUGAAGUUUUUCCUCUGUCUCAUCCUUCAUCGCUUUUUUGGAUUGGAAUGGAUUCAUUCCUGUUAGAUUGGUCUGUUCCAGGCAAGGUUGAAUCGAAGAAGAAGUAAAGAAAAAGGGGGAAAAAAUAUGGCGUCUUCCCAAGUCCAAAUGGCUUCUGCCCAUUUCGGCUGUGUUUUCAGGGAUCACAAUUGGCGUCACAGAGACAAAGAAAGAGAAAACAAAGACAACGUUCGAGCCCAGCCGCACGUGUCGUUUGAGAAGAACCUCAAGGUCUUGGUGAGGGAUCACCUUCACUCCCGCAUUGCCCAAUCUGGUUCCAGAGAUUCUGUCUCUGCUUCUGCUGAAAAUUCUGAGAAUCAGGUUGACAAUCGGGAGAAGAACGGCGACAAUUUUAGGCCCCUCAGCAGAAGGAGUGAAGAAGCGCAGGUUCAGGAUGAAUCUUCACCUUCGUCAAGGAAGCAAUCGCGGGUAGUUGACCGGUGGGCUACCCGUAAGGCACGGGAGAUGAGCACCACCACGGAGAGGCAGACUUAUGAGGCAGAACUCAUGGCCCUGUCCAAUUCUCACCCUGUUUCGACGGUGGCAUCGACGUUCCUGGGAGAGAGCCCCCGAGCCAUAGAGAGCCCUUGUGCUCCGUCGGAGACCUCCGCUGAUCUUCCCAAUCUGCACGCUUCUUCCCUUGUUCAAAUGUGGAAAGAAUUUGAGGCAGAAUCCAAGCUGAUAUCAGGAAACCACGACAGCUUCAAAUCAAAUUCAACGAUUAGCAGUGGUGAUAGGCUUAAUUCAGGAACCAGCAAUAUUGAUAGUGCGUCCUCGGAUGAAGACCCAUCACCACGCUCUGAGGUUUGCGAUUCUGGAGACGAAAGAUAUGAGACUCCGAUGGCACACGAAGAUUCAUUUACGGACUGGGGGUCAGAACAGAACACUCCAAGCGAACGGCUUUUGUCAUCGCAGGUGCAGCGAGUUUCGAAUGUUGGAGAAAGCGAGAGACUCGGAGUGGCAGAUAUCAUUAGAAGACUGACAUCAGGGAAACCAAUAAAAAUGGAAAACUCUUCGAUCGAUGAAACUGAUCGGGAGCAGCCUGUGGUGAUUGACCCUGUACCCGAACACAGAGGAAAACAGAGGGUGAGCUUCGUCAAUGUUGGCAAGAGCCCCCGUGUGAGAGGCCGGCAAGCGAUGAUGGAUUUGCUUGUGCAAUUAGAACGCGAAAGGCAGAGAGAGCUCAAUGAACUGGUGGAACGGAGGGUGGUAUCGCGAUUCCCACAACGGGGACGCAUCCAAUCAAUGCUUAAGCUCAGAUUCCUAAAAGGGGUAGUUGUAUCUCAAGAUCAACAGCGUCCACCUUUUGCGGCAUCUAAACCGGGUAGAUUACAACAAGGAACUAGCAUAUUGGCAUUAAGGCAGAAAUUCAGUCCUAAACAAGAUGCUGGAGAGGUCCAUGGUGAAGAAUCUGGAGAUAACUCCAACUCUCACACACAGCUACUGAAUAACACCACAGAUUCAGAACAUUCUGGUACUUCCAAUCAGCUCAUGAAUGAAGAAGUUCAUCAGCAGGAAACUAGAAUUGAGCAAGAAAACACACGCCCAGUGCACCACUCAAUGCCUUCUUCUAGUGAAAAUUUUCAAGAAGAAGGUCAGAGUUCAGAUCGUGCAUGGGAAGGAAAAAGCUUAGUGGUUAGUGAUCUUCUCCACAAAGGAAGUAUAAAAACUGCAACAGUCUCACAUGAUUCAGAAGGGAGUGACAUAACGGAAGAACCAGAGCCAAAUACCCAACAAUUUGGUGGAUCCACUGAUGGAACCUGGCUAGGUGAUGUUUCACAACCCCGUAGAGAUUGGAGAGGUUCAGUGCAAUCAUGGUGCCAAGACUUGCUUUCGAAUAAUUCAGAAGAUGGGAAUGUAGCGACUGAUGAACCAGAACCAGGCACACAGGAGCUUGUAGGAUCCGCAGAUGGAACUUGGCUUGGUGAUGUUUCUUACUCAGAAAGAGAUUGGAGACAUUCUAGGCAAGCAUGGUACGGGGAUGUGCUUGAUGAUAACUCUGAAGACAGGGAGAGGAAUGUAGCAAUUACAGAACAAGAAUCUGAUAUGCAGCAGCUUGCAGGAUCCACUGAUGAAACCUGGCUAGCUGAUGGUGCUCACCCACAAACAUACUGGGGAGGGCAGUCAUGGUACCAGAAUGUGCUUGAGAAUAAUUCAGAAGAUGAAGGGAAUGAAGUAACGGAUAAACCAGAUCCUGAUACUGAGCAGCUUGAAGGAUCCAUUGAUGGAACCUGGCUAGGUAAUGUUUCUCGCCCACCAAGAGAUUGGAGGCGUUCCAGGCAAGAAUGGUGCCAAGAAAUGCUUGAGAACAGUUCAGAAAAUGGGGAAAUUCGAGAGCUGCUUCAGAGAAGAAGUGUAUCAAAUUUCCUUGCCAGCGACUUGAAGGAGACAAUCGAGUCUUCCUUACAAAGACAAAGUCAUCAGCCAGAAACUGUAGGAGGAGAAGAGCAUCAUUUUGAGCAUCCAUAUCUGGGAGCAAGUGAUGCUUCUUAUCAUUUUGCAUCUACAUCAUCAUCAUUUAACCUACCUUCUUCUACUUCAUACAACCUACCUUUACCAUCUCAGCUGAGAACGCAGAAUUGGUAUCAAGAUCAUGAAGUCAUUGAUAAUUCUGAUCGAGUUGCAUCGACAUCGUUACAAUCAGUCCCAUAUCACUGCCAAGACAAUCUGCAGUCUGCUGUAAAUCAUCCUUCUCUUGAAAUGGAUCUCAUAUCUGAUUUGAGAGGGCAUAUGCUACAGCUUCAUAAUGAGAUAUCUGAACUGCGAAAAUCAAUGGAGAGCUGCACGGAUAUGCAGAAUAAGUUACACCACUCCAUCAAGAAGGAGGUCUCUGCUGCCGUUUAUCAUUCAGUUCAUGGAGGAGAGGGAACAGAACUGUUCAAUUGGCUACCAAUAAAAAAAGGCAAGUGUUGUAUCUGCUAUGAAAUGCAAGUUGACUCACUUUUGUAUAGAUGUGGGCACAUGUGCACCUGUUUCAAGUGUGCCCAUGAGUUGCAGUGGAGUAGUGGGAGAUGUCCGAUAUGCCGAGCUCCAAUAUUGGACGUUGUUCGGGCAUACGCCAACUCCUAGAUUGAUGGAGAAACAGGUCCAUGGUCUGGAGGACCUUAUCUUUUUUGACAAAAAUUGACUUGAUUUAAUCCGAGUUAGACAAUGGAUGUUGAUUUGUUAAGCAGCCAGUUUAACACAUCAAGAUAUGUUUAAUGCUGGCUGUUGUUAUUUAUCAUAUGUACAGUGCGGAAUAUUGUACAUCCAGGAAAGAACUUCUCCCUCUGAAAGCAAUUACAUACUGGAGUUUGAGAAUAAA